AUGUUUUCUAGCCUCAAGUCCACCCCACUCUCCGUCUUCGCUUCUCCCUGUGCUUUCCACCCUGCUGCUAGACGGACUUUCGCAUCUUCCGCAGCCAUGGCCAACAACACCAAGGCCUUCUUUGACGUCCAGUACACUGCUGUGGGCUCCAGUGCCCCCAAGACCGGUCGUAUCAACUUCAACCUCUACGAGAAGGACGUCCCCAAGACCGCCAAGAACUUCCGUGAGCUCUGCAAGCUCCCCAAGGGCGAGGGUUACAAGGGCUCCGUUUUCCACCGUGUCAUCCCUCAAUUCAUGCUCCAGGGUGGUGACUUCACCCGCGGCAACGGUACUGGUGGUCGCUCCAUCUACGGUGACAAGUUCGCCGAUGAGAACUUCAUCCACAAGCACGACCGCCCCGGUCUGCUCUCCAUGGCCAACGCUGGUCCCAACACCAACGGUUCCCAGUUCUUCGUCACCACCGUCGUCACCUCCUGGCUCGAUGGCCGCCACGUCGUCUUCGGCGAGGUCGCUGACGAGGAGUCCAUGAAGGUUGUCAAGGAGAUUGAGGCUCUCGGCUCUUCCUCCGGCUCCAUCCGCUCCAACACCAAGCCCACCAUCGUUGACUGCGGCGAGAACUAA